GCGAUCUCUUUGUUGACGGCUCGUUUACGAGCCCGCUCACCGUCCAGCGGUGGAGUACUGGAGAGCAGCACACCGUAUCGUCUCGAACUGAUACCAUCGGCCCACUUCCUCAAAAGCAUUAGCGUUGCGAAGCUGAUCAGUGAACGUGAUUUCAAAACGAAAACAAAUGCAUCUGUUGCACCAUCGUCCAUCGAUACAAGUGGACUUUCUGGUGGAUUGGGAGCGACACUGGCAGGAUCACCGCAUACAGCAGCAGCAGCAGCAGCAGCAGCAGCAGUUGCGUCAGUAGGCUUGCCACCGUUGAACGUCAUUCAACAGCUAGCGUUUCCGUAUUGUUUUGACGUGAACUCAGCAACGCAAGCUACCGCAGUCGAUCAAAGUACCGCACCCGCUAAUACUAUAAUACCACAAUCGACCACGACCAACGUCAAUUUGUCAGCGCAGAACGCAAUCACCCAACUGAACAUGUUCAACGCACCGUCAACAAUCAAUUCAUCCCUACUCAACCAAUUCUCAACGUUCUGUCACUAUACCGCCACCCAAAUGGCUGCCACCGCUGCUGCCGCACAAAUGCUCCAGCAGCACAGUCACAAUCAACUACAAACUCAAAACAACGCAAUUAAACAGAACAACAGCCGAAAUAACUUUGAGGCAAAUUUCAUUUCAAAACGAUAA